AUGACACGACUGGUCAUGGAGAACGCUAUCACUCCAAUGAAGACUCCAACUUAUGUUCUUCACAGAAGUGAUGGUGUUACGAAAAUUGGCGUCAAAACUGUAAUAUCAUUUUGCUGUGGAGUCAAAGUGAAUUUACAAGGGUCUCUAAGUUUUGGUAAAGAUGUACUAGACACAUUACAACAUUACAUGAGAAGAAGCAUUCCAAUUCGCCGUUCAUUGGGUCAUGCCAAGGAAAAUGAUGUUUUGUACCUGAUUACUAAGACUUCGUACCUCUGUCGAGAUCUGACUUUCUGCGAGGGCAAACUAGAACCAUUUAUAAAUGAGUAUAUUACUGUCUUAACAAAAUCCAUAGAGACCGCCUUUCAAACUAUUCUCAAACAAGAGAAAGAUCCUGAAAUCGAAAAUGAGAAUACAACACAUAUAUUUGAAGAAGAACUAAAAAAACUGCUUCUUGAGGUCCGGCAGCUACUUAGAAUAGCUAACACAAGAGUGACAGAAAAAACAGAAGAAUAUGUUUGGAUUGACAUCAUCAAAAAAAUAUGCGCUAUGUUUCAAGAAGCCGCGAUAAAUUACGCCACGGAGAGGAUGGACACCAAUAAUGGCAACGCGUUAGAAAUUCAAAAGAAGUUGAUGCAAAAAUUUGUUCUUGUCACAAUUGUCGUCGAAGGUAAAUAUGAAAACACGUUGUGCACGGAUUACAACAUCUGCACAAAAUCUUACGAAUGCACUAAAGCUUUGAACACAUUAUUGUCUUCUUUGCGAAACUUGAACGAGGAGAAAAUUAAGUACUUCAUGAGAUCUGUGGCUACAGGUUUGUUAGAUACGACAUUUUAUUCCCAUAUAAGUGAGACAACUGCUAAUGAAUUUCAAGUAAUACUUAAUGACAUGAGUUACUCAGAUAAUGUACCGACGAAAGAUGUACUGCGCAAUAUACAUAAAGCUGUUGAAGAAAGAUUGAAUGCUGUUAAAACUCGAACGUUUUUUACUGGUGGUAAGGACGUGGAGUUAGUGUACGCAAUACUAUCAGAUAUGGACCACUUCUAUGCGAAACGGAAGGCGGAUCCAUUUCACAGUUUCUUAAGUGAGUUCUUUGAGUGGGUUAGAAUGGAUACUAAACUGAAAUCACAUAUUCAUGUUCUCAUCAACAAUAUAGCGGAUCAGUUGUUGAAAUCGCCUCAUGAAUUAGAAGUGAAGCUCAUUCACGAAGUUAGGGCGUUUUUGGAAUUAACCGUUGAUCCUGAAAAUUAA